AUGUCUGCACCUCGAGCCCGUCCUCCACCUCCACGUCGCAGUGUACCACUUUCCCCAGAUCAGGUCAUGCAAGAUACCGACCAGGUGGGAGGGGUCGAUGACACGACCUCAGAUGCUGAUGCCCGGGUGCGGCGACUGAGUAGUCUAGUUGCUCGCAUGUCGACGGGGAGCCCCGUUCCUCGUUUGCCGCCCAUCCCAACUCGUCAGAAUACGCAGGAAACUUUGCUCGAAUCAAAUGGAAAUCACCGAUCGGAACCUAGUGAAAAUGAUUCAGCCUCACUUUCAAGACUGCUGGCGAGACGCCCCCCGCCGCCGCCGUUGCGUCGAACGUCAACGUCAAGGACUAUUCCUACCCCACCACCGAGGUCUCCUGCACCACCAAAUUUGCCUGCAAGACGACCGGUUCCACCGCCACCUCCGGCGCAUCCGACCCCCCCUCCAGUUGUCAAUGCAGCCACGAAACCCAUAAUAUCAUCACCUCCGCCAGUUGUUGAGGAACGGGAUCCCUCUUGCCUGCAAUGCAGGAGUUUUGAUGCUGUCGAUGCACAUGCCACGUUAUUCCCUCGCCACACCGUCAGGUCUUUAGAAGAACUCGCGCACAACCUCGCAGAACCAUUUGAGGAGGAUAUCGAGAAAGCCAGAGUCAUAUACGCAUGGCUUCAUUACAAUGUUGCGUAUGAUACACAAGCUUUCUUCUCAGGCAACCUCAAGUCCUCUACGCCAGAUUCGACACUCUCUUCUGGCCUUGCCGUCUGUGAAGGUUACGCCGGGCUAUUCGAAUGCCUCGCUGAACACAUGGACAUGCAGGUCCACUUAGUCUCAGGCCACGGCAAAGGUUACGGAUAUCAAGCCCUUCGCGAGGGAGAGCCUGUCCCUGAGUAUAGCGCCGGUCAUGCCUGGACUUGCGUGCAAAUCAACGGGGAAUGGCACCUUAUUGAUUCCUGCUGGGGAUCAGGAGUCGUAAGUGCUGCAGGUUACGAACCGAAGCUCUCAAACAAGUGGUUUAUCUCAUCCCCAAUCGAUUUUGGCAAAAGCCACUUCCCCGAGGAUCCCUCUUUCCAACUCACGCCAGAGGAGGUAACCUGGGAAGAGUACAUAAUUGCACCAGAGGGACCAACAAUUACUGGUGACUUUGAGGACUUCGCCCUCCAUCCUGGCUGCGUUUACCCCGCUACAAAAUCAGUUCCAGAGAAGCAGCGCAUUCAGUUUAGCGUUUCAAAGCGGUGCGAGCACUUGUCAACCGCAGAGGCUGAUAAUUAUGUUUUUGUGAUCAGCACUACCGACAAAGAGUUCACUCCUCUAACUUUCAAUGAAGGGGAAGGAGCUUGGGCUGUGACCAUCUUCACUCCUCGUAGCGGAGACAUUACACUUUACGCCGUCACUACAGUCAGCAACCAAGAUGCCAAAGGACUGGGUGUUGCAGGAUACACGAAGGCAAGAGGUCGCAAAGCCAUGGCGUUCAAAGGACUCGUGAAGUGGACAAUUGCUCAUCUGUAG